AUGGUUGGUUGGGGGAUGGCCUGGUUGGUCGGGGGACAUUUGGGGGGUGAGGAGCUAUUUUAUGUUGGUGGGACGAUCGGGGGUGGGGGGGCUUGGGGGGGGUCUUUAGGAGCGUUGAGGGGGGACGGGGUUGAGGGUGAAUUGGAUUGUUUGGGCGGAGGGAGGGUGUGGUGUUCGGUUGGACGGGCACCGGGGGGAAGGGUGGUCAGGGGGCCAGCGGGGUUGGUCGGUCGUUCGGGCGGCAGAACGGUCGCUUGGGGCGUGCGGUAG